ACCGGAUGCCCGCGCGACACAAUCCCUCAUUCGCCGAUCCUGCGUGAUCUACAAUGACUUCCAACGACACUGAUAAGGAAUGGGAAUUGGAGGAAGGGGUUCCCCAAGUCGAAGAUCCUUUUAUCCAGCAGUAUCUGAAGGGACGGGACUCUUUAAUUUUGCAAGAGCAGAAGCAACGGCAUGACUUCAAUCUUCGUAAGGCUUUGACUCCAAUCGCCGCCAGGGCUUGCAAGAUCGUAUCCAGAAUCCGCGACCGGGAAGCAAGCCAAGAUCCUCAUGCAUCGUUGCCUCUUGACUGGGAGCAAAUUCAGAAAGCCGACCUCUGGAAGAUUGUCCAGAAAAUGCCAAAGGGGUCACUACUGAAUGCUUCCAUCCACUCCCUCAUCGACAUUGACAAGUUGAUCGACAUCGUCCUCACCACAGCCGGGCUACAUAUUUCCUCCACUCAACCUUUGUCAUCCCAAACUGUGCGGCAAGAAGCACCCAUCACCUUCCAGUAUGCUUCGGUUUCAAAACCCAGUGUGGAAGACACACCCACUAUAUGGUCAGAUACCUACGUGCCCUCGGAACUUGUUUCCGUCCAGCAGGCAGUUUCGUCGUUCCCAGAUGGUGGAGAGACCGGAUUUCGUGAGUGGCUGAAGAGGCGGUGCACGACUGCAGAUGAGUGGUCGGGUUACGCUUGCCACGGUGCAUCGAUAAUCAACUCGCUCCUCAGUUAUGAGCCUAUCUUGCGUUUCUGCAUGAGAAACGCAUUCGCAAACUUGGCAGCAGAGAGAGUCAGUUAUGCCGAGUUCAGGCAUACCUUCAGCUAUCCCUAUCGACAAGAAGGACAUGACGUACCCGAAGAAGAUCAGAGCGAAUGGUGUCAUGUGUUUCAAGAGGAAUUACAGCGCUUCCAGAAGACCAAUGAAGGGCGGGACUUCUUCGGAGCGCGUAUCAUAUGGACUGGCAGUCGCUCGCAGUCAAACAGGGAUAUUAUCGAUAACAUGAAAACCUGUAUCUUCGCAAAGUAUGACUACCCCCAGGUGAUUUGCGGAUUCGAUAUAGCGAAGACAGAAGACGACGAAAGACCGCUCUCCGAUCUUGUUCCUCUUUUGUUCUGGUUUCGUAAAGAGUGCAUGGAAGAAGGACUGGACAUCCCUUUCUUCUUUCAUGCUGGCGAACUACCAGGUGACAGGGGCCGCGCCGAUCAAGGCUUAUAUGAUGCGAUCCUGCUAGGGACACGGAGAAUCUGCGAAGGGUCUACGCUCUACAAACAUCCACUGCUAAUUGAGUCGGUCAAGGAGAAGAAGAUCUUAGUUGAGCACACCCCGACCUCAAGCGGGGUGGCGCAGAUACUCCCGGCACUGCUAUCGCGUGGUGUUUCGGUCUCCAUUGGUGGUAAUGAUAAGCCAAAUCUUGAUGGGCGCGGUACGGAUGGCUUCACGCAGGAAUUCUGGAGAGUGCUUCAAGGUGAUGACCACACGGAUCUUGCAGGUCUGGCAAUGCUGGUGGAAAACUCCAUGCGGUGGAGCUGCUACGACGAUCAGCCGACGGCUGAGUGGCUUUCCGACAUUGGGGAAGGUAUCCUGGGGGAGGGGGUCAAGGCCCGCCGUUUGCAGGAAUGGUGGGCAAAUUUCGAGCAGUUCUGCGAGUGGGUCGUGGCGACGUUCGCGGAGGAAGGCAUUGAUGAGCAAUAAGGUGUAGCACUCGCAAUUGCAAUAGAAUGCACGCUUGACGGGUCACAUAUGUGGCUCUUUAGUCUUGAAGGCUUCCUGAUGAAAUGGUGGCUGGUGGGAGAACGCUUAGUAAUUAUUCAACGACAACAUAGAUGAGUC